GUUUCGGCCGGAGUCCCAGAACAAUCUGGGGUACGGAAGCGCCGGCUACAGUGGCUACAACGGCCCCUUGGCUGAGCGGCUGGUGUCUCCUCGCGAACAGCUGAUGGAGGCUCUCCUGAGUGAGGAGAUCCUGGAGGAGCAAGGCUGCGAAGGGCGCCGCUGUACCGCCAACGAGCACUGCUGCGGUGGCCACGUCUGCGUCGACUUCGAUGGUGCAUCGGGGACUUGCCUGUCAUCCGUGGGUCAGCGUGAAGGUGCUGAAUGCCGCAGUGACUCUGAGUGCGCUGCUGGCCUCCUCUGCGAUAUGGGAUCUUGCGUGCAGUUCCAGGGCAAGAAGCGCUACAACGAGCCUUGCAGUGUGAGCACAGAGUGCGAAAUUGGCCGCGGUUUGUGCUGCCAGGUGGUCCGCCGUCAUCGCCAGGCGCCCAAGACGCUCUGUGGAUAUUUCAAGGACCCCAUGAUCUGUAUCGGUCACGUGGCCACAGACCAGGUAAAGACAGAGUCUGGCAAGCAGUAAAGGGUCCUCCCUCCUGCCGCUGCUCCUUGGUGUGUUCUCCGUCCGGGUGUCCAGCACAUCGUGGAACACACCGAUGGAGAAAAGAGACUGACGGGAAAAACUCAUGAUUACGUCAGCAUUUAAGCUUCCCCGGGACAGAGAGACCGCUGGAGGAGGGUCUCUGAACAACACUUGAUUGCGAGAGAGGGACGAGAGAAGAGAAGAGAGGAGGAUUGAAGAGAGAAGAGAGAGAACAGAGAGAACAGAGAGUGAGAGAGAAAGAGAGAGACAAAAGAAGGAAGAGCAUCCUGGUAAAAAGGGAAGAAUGGAGGAGAUAAUGGAGGAGAAAAGAGAGGGAAUAGGGAAACCACUCAUAUGUAUUCAUGAUGUAGGUGGUUCAGUGGUUAUUAAAUAAAAGUCAUAAUUAAGUCUUCCCCUUCCCGUUUUCUCUAUUUUUUGCGUGGCAGUGUGUACGCAUUAUCAUAAAGGCAAGGGGAGACUUCGCUAUGUAGUUAGCCAUCCUAUGAAUCGAAGCAGGGAUUAACUUCUAGUUCCUUAGCUAGUUCUUAGUCGUUUAAGAAGGAGCUUCAAGAAUGUGGGUCCCCUUUGGAGCUCUCGAGGAAGACCUCCGGGCCGGUAGAGCUUGAGGACCGAGGAUAAGGUCCCAAGCUCUGACCUCCCACUCAAGGGUGAGCUCGCCAGCUCUCCCUCAAGCAAGUGAUGUUCAAGAAUCUCGUCGGCCAAAGUCUUCGAGGACUCCAGGAAGGCGAGACAAGUCUUAUUAGAUUAAUAAUUAAAUAAACAAGGUGUGAGCCGGUUUAGUCACCUGGGAAUUAGAAAACAGAUUUUUUGCAUUUAUUUAACCCUGUGUCUCUUGAGAUUAUAUAUGUGAGUCUGAUUGUGCUGAUGCUUUUAGGCAUCUGUCUAUAUAAUACAGGUUACCAAUCACAUAUCAUUCUUAAUAACGUAUCUAAUCUCUUUAAGGAAAUCUCUUAGAUCGGAAUAUGUCAGAAACUGAUUUAGGACAUAGUCUAGAGACCUAUAACCAACGGACGAUCCAUAUUUCGCUCUAUAAGGCACUUCGAUUCAGUGUUGGGUUUUUCUCCUUAGGUUCCAACCCCAAGCCCAUGCCAGCUAUGAGCCCAGGAUUCACGUACUUAUCGGCCCCGCCAAGUCGUGUAGGAGCGGGACCCUCCGUCGCGACAAUGAGAGACCCUUCUUUCACCCCCUUCCUCCCUCCUUCCUUUCUUUCCUUCAUUUAUCCAUCCCAUCCCUCCCCUUUUUUCUCUCCAUUCCUAUUUUCCUCCCCUCCUCCAACCCCGUCUUCUCCCUCCUCCUUCCUAUAUUUGCCCUCCUCUCCACCCUUUUCUUCCUGUUUUAUUUCCCCUCUCCUAUCCUUCCACCUCAUCCCCUCCUCCUAGCUACUUCAGAGGAAUCAUGGGACUGGGUGUUGGCUCCUGCAAGAGUUAUCCAUUUGUGUGGCAAACUAUAAUUAUUAUUAUUAUUAUAUUCGGUGUCGAGGAUAGGAACUUACUCAUAAGUAUUACAGCAGGCAUGGUGUUUCGUGUGACGUUUGUGUAUGGUACCUUUCAUCAAAGAAAGUGGUCGCCUCGUACCACGAAAAUCCUAUUAAAGUAAACAUAUAAAAAAAUAAUGAUAAUAACCUUUCAUCACUUCUUGUUGUGUAUUGACCUGAGCUCUAGGUACUCUCGUGCCCGAGUUUCACUUAACCACACUGAAACAGAGGCCUCCCUGUGGUCCUGUUCCACUCUGGUUUGAAAAGUAGUAGGGUUCAUUCAAGUACAGGCAGAUAGUGCACUGAAUAAAUGUAAAUUGAAUUA